AAUCAGGUGAGGUACCCAGCGGACUCAGUAACAGCCCCCAUCACUCAGGUGAGGACCUCACCUCAGCCUCAGUCACAGCCUCCGUGGGCCUCUACCUGGAAGAAGCAGAGCCUCCCACCACAAAGUUCUACCUCCAGGCAGGGUGGUGGCACUGCGUCGUGUACAACCCAGGGCAAGGCCGGGACCAUCCAUAAGAUCUGUCUGGUGUGUUCAGAUGAGGCGUCUGGCUGUCACUACGGGGUGCUCACCUGCGGAAGCUGCAAGGUGUUCUUCAAGAGAGCCGUGGAAGGGCAACACAACUACCUGUGUGCUGGGAGGAACGACUGCAUCAUCGAUAAGAUCAGAAGGAAGAACUGUCCAGCCUGCCGCUUCCGCAAGUGUCUGAUGGCAGGGAUGAACCUGGAAGCUCGUAAAACCAAGAAGCUGAACCGUUUAAAGGGGGUGCAGCAGCCCACCACGGCCGAGCUGACCCCCCCUCCCCUCCCAGAGGCCAGGUCGCUGGUCCCUAAGUCCAUGCCCCAGCUCACCCCCACCAUGCUGUCUCUACUGAAGGCCAUCGAGCCAGACACCAUCUACUCUGGCUACGACGGCACCCUGCCAGACACCUCCACACGCAUCAUGACCACCCUCAACAGGCUGGGGGGACGACAGGUCGUAUCAGCCGUCAAGUGGGCCAAGUCCCUGCCAGGGUUCCGGAACCUUCACCUGGACGACCAGAUGACUCUGCUGCAGUGUUCCUGGUUGUUCCUCAUGUCCUUCGGCCUGGGCUGGAGGUCCUACCAGCAGUGUGACGGGAACAUGCUCUGCUUCGCUCCAGACCUCGUCAUCAACCAGGACCGUAUGAAGCUGCCCUACAUGGCAGACCAGUGUGAACAGAUGUUGAAGAUCUCCAGUGAGUUUGUCAGACUGCAGGUGUCUCAUGACGAGUAUCUGUGUAUGAAGGUUCUGCUGCUGCUCAGCACUGUGCCAAAGGAUGGUCUGAAGAGUCAGGCAGUGUUUGAUGACAUCAGGAUGUCCUACAUUAAGGAGUUGGGGAAGGCCAUCGUCAAGAGGGAGGAAAACUCCAGCCAGAACUGGCAACGCUUCUACCAGCUCACCAAGCUUCUUGACUCCAUGCACAAUUAG